AUGUCCCAAAAACCAGAUGUAUCUACAUUUGAUAUUAGGAAGCUUUCAUUAUUCAAGAUCAACAACAAACAAGAGAAUAAAAAUGCGAGCUUAGCCGCUAGUGAGUGGUUUCAUUUUCCUCAAAGAUCUGAUAUUACUAUAAAUUUCUUCAAGUAUCUGACAGAUGCAAACAGCUUUCAUAUUUCUAUUAUAUGGAAAGGAAAUGUGUUAGUAUGUUAUAUAUUGCUACUUUGUUUUUGACAUAAUUUAUAUUAACAAGUUUAGGACCAAACAUAUUGGCACCAAGAUACAAAUAAUUUUAUCUCGUCUAUUGGAAAAUAUCCUUCAUUAGGAUUCAAAAUUGUAAGUCCAAAAGGUGAAUUAUUAAAAAGAUUUCAAGUUAGUUUCAAUACCACGGAUGUAUAUGAUACGUGUUGUAAAUGUGUGGAAGGGAAAUUGAAAGUGACCUUGAACAAGAUAGAUGCAAUGGCCACAGGCGAGAACUCACAAAUCUUAGACUACCCCAGUCAGAAUAACCCAACAAGUUUAGAAGGGCAAAUUAACAGGCGUUGGAAAAAUGCCUCAAAUAACCAAAACUGCUUUCAGCCAUCACAAACCUUAUGCAGAUCACAGUAUCUUCCUACCCCGAGACAACCUACAUCUUUUUCACAAUUAGAAAAAUCUACAUUACCCAAUGUAGCUCUAGAACAAAGAAACCUGCAUCAAGUUAAUACAUCACAACAAGUACUAGGUGUUGGUCAAUUAUAUAAUAAUAAUUUCUUACCACAGUAUCAGCAGCCUCAAGGUUAUUAUACUCUGUACCAACCACCUUACGCAUAUUUCCAAACAAGCCCACAACAGAGCACGUUCAAUGGCGAUCUGCUAGUUCAAAAUCAAAAUUUGUGUAUGGAACCUUGGAAAAUAAACUGUGAUCAAGAAAUUCUAUCCCAUCCCAAUUCUAAAGCAUGCUUAAUAGAUCGGCCUUUGAAUAAUCAUUUGCUAAUUAACGGUCAUGCGAGCCAAAAUCACACCACAAAUGAAUCAUUAGAUUGUAAUCGACCUGAUACAAACAUAAGGUCGAAAGCACGAAGAAUAUCCCAUAACACGACCGAUUUAUCCGAUAGAGAUGAGAAUAAAGGCAAACCCGCCAUAAAGGAAGAAGAAAUCCUGCCAAUGGAGAUAGGAAAUAAUAUUAUUUCAGUAAGAUCGUCAUCCAUUCAAAAACCCCCAAAAAAGCAAGAGUCGAAACAGAAAUGUGAUUUGUUUAAAAUGAAGGAUGGCGAGCUAAAAAGAUUAAUUGGUCGAAAGUUGAAAGAUAAAGAAUUCAUAAAUUUUGUUGAGAGACUAGAUAAAAUAGUUUCGCAACCUUAA